GCGUCUCGACCGGGGAAUAUAAGCCGAGGGAGAAAGGUUCCGGGAGAGGUUUGGUUCCGGGGGCUCCUCCGUAGGAACGGCCGCCGCCAUGAUCCCGAUCCCGGUGGUGGUGUGUGUGCUGGGGGGCUGGUGCGCCGUCUACCUGGCGGAUACGCUGCUCAAGUCAUCCAACUCUCUGAAGGCAUCUUAUGAAGACUGGCUGCUGACAUACGGCUUGAGCGUCUCUCCUUUUCACAUGCGAUGGCAAACAGCUCUCUUCAACCGCCAGUUCUACAACUGGGGGAGAUGGAAACCCAGAUUUCUGUAUUUAUGGUUCAGCAUAGGAAUGGUGUUUGGUAUCGUUGCCAUGUUUGGCUCUGUUAUUCUUCUCGGAAAGACACUGAUGCAAACACUGACACAGAUGCUCACCGAAGCACCGAAAGCCCAGAAUGAUCGUAUGCUGCAAGUUGUGGUGCCUGGUGUAAACUUGCCUGUCAGCCAGCUGACCUAUUUCUUCUCUGCAAUCCUCAUCAGCGGUGUGAUACAUGAAGUCGGCCAUGGGGUGGCAGCUAUUCGAGAACAAGUACGAUUUAAUGGAUUUGGGAUUUUUAUCUUCAUUGUCUAUCCUGGAGCAUUUGUUGACCUGUUCACAACCCACUUGCAACUGAUAUCUCCAGUCCAGCAAUUAAGGAUAUUCUGUGCAGGAGUGUGGCAUAAUUUUGUUCUUGGUGUUGCAAGUUUCAUGGGUUUGUUUCUGCUGCCAGCCAUUCUUUUCCCUUUCUAUUACACGGGUGUCGGGGCACUUGUCACUGAGGUCGCGGAGGAUUCUCCUGCCAAUGGACCAAGAGGUCUUUUUGUGGGAGACCUUGUCACUAACCUACAAGACUGCCCAGUUUAUAGUGUGGAAGACUGGAAUUCCUGUCUGGGAGACAUUUCAGAGAAGUCACAGGUUGGCUACUGUAUAAGUGCAGCCACCCUACAGCAAUUAAGCUUUCCAGCUAGAGUCUAUAGGAGACUCGAUGGCACAGUUGAAUGUUGUAGUAACAACAGCCUCACAGACAUUUGCUUUUCAUAUAGCAAUAACUUGGACAGCCACCUGUAUGCCUGUCUGCCAGCACGAAAAGUUAUUGAGGCCAGCAAAGUUUGUCGAACCAACAUGGACUGCCAGAAAGACUUUGUUUCAAGCUUUUGUGUGACUCCUUCUUUAGAGAACCAAACAAGGCUAAUCAGGGUAAAACAUCCACCCCAUAUUGACAUGCUGUAUGUAGGACACCCCAUGCAUCUUCAGUACACAGUAAGUCUCAGCAGUUUUGUACCACGACAAAACUUUCUAAGCAUCGAUCUGCCUGUGGUGAUAGAGACAUUUUGCAAGUACCUAAUUUCACUGUCAGGAGCACUGGCAGUUAUCAAUGCUGUACCCUGCUUCGCUUUGGAUGGUCAGUGGAUAUUAAAUUCAUUCCUGGAAGCCACUCUGAGCUCCCUGAUUGUAGAAAAACAAAACAGAGAGCUUGUUGGCUUUUUAAUUUUGCUUGCUGGUAGUGCACUUUUGGCUGCCAAUGUUGCACUGGGACUUUGGAUGGUGACAGCACGAUAGAACAUUGGAUACACUUCCAUCAGUUCUCAGAGUACACAGAAAGAACGAAUCCAUUGCCUUUUAAAACUUGUCCAGUACUGAGACUGAAAUAAUUCCCUUAAAAUGACACUGAAAGAAAAAUCACUGGUGGCUGCUGUUUUAAUUUAAAACUGUACAACAUUGUGCCUGUGGUCAUGGGAAAUCUAAUUGAAGUAGGAACCUUUUUAUAUAGUCUUUAAGCACUGUACUAAUUUUGGAGAAACUGCAUUGUAAAGUUUCACAGUAAAAAGCCUAAGACUUCAUUAAUUUGGCUCUCAACAUAAGGGAAUUAUUUGGCCUCAAACAGUUGUAAAGGGGGAGAAAAUAACACUUAGGUUUUAUUUUAUAAUUUGAAUAAUUGUCAGAAAAUAUGUGUGGGUUCUGAUCGUUUCUCAGUCAGCAUAGUCUUGAGUGUCUUGUUUUGUUUUUUUUUUUAAUCUGGUAUUCUACCAGACUGGACUCUUAAGAAGCCCUAACAUCUGAUCUCAAAAUGGUGAAAAGCUAAGUAAAUGCUUACCAUGUGUUAAUGAGCAGAGAGAGGCCAUAUGGGUUAGUAUCUUUCCUUUUCAGCUGGCCAAAAUGACUGAAAGCAUGUUGUCCUCAGGACGUAGAUGAGAAGUGCCAAUGUCUGGUGAGAUGAGGAGUGUGGGAGGAUAACAAAGCCCACAUGUCUGUGUUUCUUACACAUUCAGUUGUAUAUUACCAUACGCAGCUGAAGAUUUUUUAAAGGCAAUAUUUGUCAGCAAUAGCUACAAGAUAACUGAAAUUUAGUUUCUGAGUGCUGAAGUAUGCUGUGCCCAAUUAUUCCUAAGUGAUAAAUAAUGUUUGUGUUGUUUUACUCAGAAAAGAAUACUGUGUUAUACCUGUUUACAGUUAAAAGUGAAACCUGUUGUUUUUAUGGUGUCUGUCUUCCGAUGCUACGCAUUAAUGUGUACAGUAACUCACUGAUGGUUUUCUGUCUUUCAAAGGGUCGGUUUCCUUUGCUAGGAUUCAUUCUGCUCAAAGAUAGCUAAGGAAGAUGUUUAGCUGAAGCUGGUCUUGAAUCAGAAUUGUUUAGAGGAAGAACGUGGUUGUGAAUUGAACUAUUUAAAUGUUUGGCUUUGUUUUCUGAGGGGAAUACAGACCAUAUCCUUGUUCUUAAAUGAACAGUGGAAGAACAGUCAGUGUUUUGCUGACUGAAGUGUGUCUGACACACUUUGAAGCUCUUUAAGUCUGUAAUAUUCUGUACCUAAUAGGAUUAUAUAUGGACUGUCAUGUCCUCCAGUGAUAUAUUGCUGUGUUUAUAUAAAUGGGGUUCAGUCAGAGCCUUGCCUCAAUACAGGCUGAUGUUUUAAAAAAAA